AUGUCUACUAAGAAACUUUCUUUAGAAGAAAGACUAUCUUUAGCUGCCAAGAAGGGUAAAAAAAAAUCAAAGUCUUCUAGAAAUGCAGCACAUGCUAGUAUAAACAAAUUACAGACCCAAACUAUUGGGUCAACUAAAGAAAUCGAUGAUAACAAGACUCAACAAGCUGAUAUCAGUGGAUCUAGUCAGGAUGCAAGGCAAAGAUUGGAUUCUGCUAAAGUUAAGACAAAUCUUAAUGAUAUAGAUCAUGAAGAAACAAUUAAUGAUGAUGACAAUAUUAACAACAAAGAUAAUGAAGAAAAUGAUAAGGAGAUAAAAAACAGGUCUAUUGAGGAUAAUUUGCUGGGCUCGAAUGAUUUUAAAGAAACACAAGUUGAAAAAAACAAAACAGUACAAACUGAUGAUUUCACACUAUUUAAAGAUUGGUUGCCAGACAACUAUACUUCUUUGAAUGUGAUGGAUGUACUUACAAUACUAAAACCUCAUAUUGAAACGUUGAAAAAAAAUAACAAUACCAUUGAUUCUAAAAAAACUUACAAUAACGAUUCAAGUUUAUUGAAACUAGUAAAAGAAAAGGAUCAACUUAUUGAAGACCUUAGGGAAGAUGUUGAUCGAUUAGAUAAAGAUAAUCGAAAUUUCAAUAAAAUUGUGGAAUCCAAUAAACAAAAGAUCACUAGUUUACAAAAUAACAAUCAGUCUUUGCAAAAUAAUUUAAAAAGUAAGAAUCUAUCAUUAAAACAACUUCAGAAUGAUUUGAAAGAGAAUAGCAUUAAACUCAAGAAAUUUUUGGAGAAUAAUGAAACUGUGUCUGAGUUGAAAAAUGAUUUAAAGGAAAGAAAUGAUACUAUUGAACGUUUAAAAUCACAUUUAAAUGAAACAGAACUAAAGGUUAAUACUUUAAAUGACACUUUGAUAAAAGAAAGAGAAGCUUAUGUAAGAGAAAAGAAUUCUAUUAAGGAGGCUACUAGAGAUCAGGUCACGACUUUAGAGAGUAAAUUAGAACAACUGAGAAUCGAAUUGGAAAAGUUCAUUCAUCCAAAUAAAGAUAUAAAUUUUUCCAUUAGUAAUACUAAUAAAGGUUUUAACAAUAAUGAUCAAAAAUCUGAUAAAUAUGGUAGUAGUAAUGAUGAUGGUAAUAAUAAUGCGACUGUUAAUGAUCAAAAUAAUACAAAUUCUAUUAAAGGUACUUUUGCUUCAUGGGAGACUCAAUAUUUCACACUCCAAGAACAAUUCAAUUCUAGUAAAGCCAAUUGGAACAGUAUUGAAUUUACUUUAAAUUCUAAAUUAUCUGAUCUACAAGAAAAAGUUGAUUCCUCUAAUAUGGAGAUUAAUAAAUUAAAGUUAGCACAUGAAAAUAAUGAUAUUCUUAUACAAACACUCAAGGAUGAUAUAACUAAAAAGAAUAAAAUAAUAGAUAAUGAUAAUUUGAAAAUCAGUAGCCUAUUGUCCGAAAAGAAUAAACUUUUGAACUCGCUACAAGAGACUAACGAAGAUUAUGCUUUAUUACAAAAAAAAUUUGAGAUUCAAAAAGAACAAUUGGCUAAUAACCUUACUAGUAAUACGAAUCUUCCAAAGUUUCAAGACCAGGAUAGAUCAGUUUCCCCACUUAAUAAAAACAAUACCGUUGAAGAAAAUAAUAGUGAUUUUGAAACUGAAAGUAAUGGCACCAUCUCGUUAAAAUUUGGAAAUGAUUGGUCAUUAAUCUUACCAAAAGUAAACGAUGUGAAUGAAGUACCAAUUCAAAGAGAUCUAACUGUCGAUGGACACCCUGAAGAAAUUUUUGAUGAUAUAAACAUGCCAUUUAAUCAAAGAAGUGUUAGUGAUAAAAAUUUUGACCAUUUUCCAGAAGCAUCUUCCAAUUUAGACUCAUUUUUAUUAAAUAAAAGGGCAAGCUCUAUAUCAACCUUGAAUUAUGAGCGUAAAGCAAGUACAUCACAAUUGUUAGCUAAUAUCCCAUCAGUAUCUGGUAUAAGCGGUAUUUUUUCACCUUCAACAGAUAAUAUUAAUAAUGGUGAUAAUAUAAUUAACAAUAAUCGUAAUAAUAGAGAUGUCUAUGUUAAUGACAAUACUAUAAUAAGUAGUAAUAAUAAUCAAAUUAAUGCACAGUUGGUUAGUAGACUUGGUAGUGAGGUUCGACGUAUGGAGGGUGAAUUAACUUCUUUACAAGCAGCGUAUGAUCAAUUAAAGGAUGAAAAAAAUAGUGCCAAUGAUGAAUUGUUGAAAUUGAUUGAAGAGAAUGAAAAAGUAAAGACUUUCCAGCAAGAAAGAGAUUCUUUGAAAGUUAAAGUUACUGAGUUAGAAAAUCAACUUGAGACAGCUUUACAAGUAUUAGGAGAAAAAACCGAAUAUGCAGAGGAAUUAGAAAAUGAUGUACAAGAUUUGAAGGAAAUGAUGAAGCAGCAGGUACAACAAAUGGUACAGAUGCAAGAAAUGACUAAAUAA